UAUUUUUCAUGUGUUCAAUGAUAUUGAACUUCCUCAAUGUUCAGAUGCCACCCCGUAGGGAACCCGAUCUCCCGGUUCUUCCCCAGGCCACUAUAGUCGCACAGUUUCGCGACUAUCAUCCUGAGAAAUUUUCCGGUCAGGGAGAUACCCGUAUCGUGGACGAGUGGAUUCAGGGCCUUGAGUUGAUCUUCGAGGUCAUGGACUGUCUAGAUCGAUAUCGCGUUAUAUGCGCACAACUUCAGCUAACCGACGAUGCCCGACUCUGGUGGAAUGCCCACUGGAGCAUGCGUCCCGGAGAGAAAGCAGGUUGUACUUGGGAGAGGCUCAAGGAGCUAAUCCGCGAAAAGUAUUACCCCAUGUAUUACCGAGCAGAGAUGGAGCGUCAGUUCCUGUCGCUCAAGCAGGGUACUCGUUCAGUGGAUGAGUAUGAGAGGGAGUUUACCAGACUUGCAGCUUUUGUUCCGGAUUUGGUGCGUACGGAGGCACAGAGGGCACAACACUUCAUCGACGGGCUUUACCCAGCA